CCUGGUGGAAAGUGAGUGUAGGCAGUAGGGAGUUUUCUGUUGGGGUCGAGGGACAGUGAACAGACGACGGACCCUGCCCAAACACCAGUGUAUGAGUGGAGUGUAGCAGGACAAGAAAACAUCCCCAACUUUUUUUCCUCUUUCCUCGAAGAGUCUACAUGUCUGGUGGCAUCUAGACAUGUUCAGCUUUGUGGAUAUGCGGCUGGCGCUGCUUCUGAGCGCCACGGUGCUCCUGGUGCGAGCACAGGGCGAGGACGACCGUAAGUCAGGGGGCAGCUGCACCUUGGACGGCCAGGUGUUUGCGGACCGGGAUGUGUGGAAGCCUGAACUCUGUCAGAUCUGUGUGUGCGACAGCGGCACGGUGAUGUGCGACGAAGUUAUCUGCGAGGACACGACGCUGCCCCAACCCCAUCAUCACCCCACGACGAGUGCUGCCCCAUCUGCCCCGACGACGGUACUUGCACCUCAUAUAUGCAUCAAACUAACUACAGCCAAAUACAUGCAUUACUACACCCACACACAUGCAUCACUACACCCACGUAGAUCCUGCACCCACAUACUGCAUUACUAUUUGAAGAAUGCUAACAGCAGCACAGUUACAGACCAUUUUAAAACACACAAUCACAACACAGUGAUACGACAAGUUUAGCCAAAGCAUUUACAGACACAGCGGCUUCUUCAAGGACAACCGUCUACAUCACUGCACCCACAUACAUACAUUACUGCACCCACAUACAUACAUACAUCAAACUACACCCGUCUACAUCACUGCACCCCAUACAUGCAUUACUGC